AUGUUUGGUUUCCGCCCGGGCUUGUCUACCCAGGACGUCUUUCUACAACUCAAACACCACAUCCUCGACUCCCCCACGGGUGACACCGAGGCUAUCCGUGCUGUAAACCUAACAAAAGCUUGCGACAAUGUUACCCACGCAGCCGUUCUAGAAGGCCUCCACUCCCUAGGCGUAGGCCAGCGGAUGUACAGCUACAUCCGCGGCUUCCUUUCCCAACGCACAGCCACACUCACCCUGGGGGACCACCGGCUUUCCCGUGUCUCACUGGGAGCGCAGGGGACGCCUCAGGGUGCUGUGCUGUCUGCUAUCCUCUUUAACAUAGCCAUUCUCCAACUCCCCAACCAACUCUCCCAAGUCUCCGACAUACAUUUCAGCUUCUAUGCCGAUGACAUCACGGUCUGGGCCUACCGAGGCAAUGAUGCCGACAUGGAGCACAACCUGCAGUCGGCCUUCAAAAUCAUCGACUCGUACGUCCACGUGCACGGCCUAGCCUGCUCCCCUUCCAAAUCAGAACCUUUCCUCUACCACCCCAGGCCGCACGACCCCGUCAGCCGUCCCAUCUCACUCAUGCUAGGGAACCAUCCCAUUCCCCUAGUCUCUAAGAUUCGCAUCCUGGGCCUCGCCCUUCACUUCCACGGCGCGCACGGCGACACCACCCAAGCUCUCCCGACACAAACCCAACAAGCCACCCGUCUCAUUUGGCGCGUGGCACAUCUACACGCGGGUUUAAGAGACCGGAACACUCUCCGCCUGACCCAAGCCUACAUCACGUGCCGCACGGCGUACGCAUUUCCAUACCUUCCCCUAAAGCAGGAGUGGGAUCACAUCAAUGCGCUCUUCAGGAGCUGCACGAAGGUCGCCCUCUGCCUAUCCCCCAGCACCUCCACUGCCCGGCUCCUGAACCUCGAUACCCAAAAUACGUUUGAGGAGCUGGCAGAAGCAACCCUAACAGCACAGCUUACUCGCUUGUCGGGUACAGCGACAGGCCGCACUCUACUCUGUCAGCUAGGCAUUUCCCUGAUCACCCAUUCUAUUGAGGCGGCGCAGCCCUGCCUCCAGACCUGUAUUCCCAUCUUGUCAUUCCCCCCAUCCCGAAGAAUAUGCACCCCGAGCACGACGGGAAACGCAGGGCAGCCCGCGCCCGAGCCCUAUACAAGCAGUACGGCGACAGUUCUGAGGUAG